UUCAAAUUUCGGCUGCUCUUUUAAUUCUUCCAAUUGUCGCAGCCCAACAAAAAAUGUUCAAAGACUUUGCCAAUGUGCCUUCUGCCGCCUUCAUAAUUCCAUUUAUUUUAAUAAUUUCAACAGUCCACACAGCUCCCACUACUAAAGAGGAUCAACUAAUUAAAUCUGGCUCGGAAAAGGCAAAAAACGGAUUGGAAAAUCUCGGCAAAGGAAUUGAGAACAUUGCAGAUGGAGCGAGGGACACGGCGAUUGGGGCAGCAGAAAAAUUUGGCCAGAAAGCAGCGGACGUGAGAGAAAGCGCCAAACACAGGGCAAAAGAAGCAGGAGAUUCAUUCACCGAAAAAGCUGCCGCUGUUCGUGAUUCGAUUGCUGGUGCUGCUUCAAAUGCUGGACAAGCUGUUGCUAAUGCAGCUGUUGGUGCUAAAGACAAAGUCGUGGCUGGUGCAAAGGUGGUUGGUGAAACAGCUGUAAAUGCUGGGAAAGUAGCUGGGGAAACUGUUGCAACCGCAGCAACAAACGUUAAAGAUGCUACUGUUAAUCUAGCAAAUGCCGCAGGUCAAAAAGUGAAGGGAACAGCUGAAGUUGUAAGUGAAGAUAUUUCUGAAGCAGCGAAAGAAACGGGAAAUGUUGUUGGAAAAGGCUUAGAAAAUGCUGGACAUGCAAUACAAUCAGAAGAACAUCCAGCAGAACAAGCAAAGGAAGUGAAACAAUGAAAGGAGGAGAGAGACUAAAGAACUCUUCUUUUUCCCCUCAAAAUUUUCAUUUUUGUAUUGAUCUGGCUUUCAAGCCCCCAUUUUUUUAUUUUUGCAUUUAUCCAUUAUAUCUUACAAAAUUCCUAAAUCCACUACUUUUAAAUAAUUAUUUUUCUUUCUAAAUAGUGCUUAAUAAAUUUUUUAAAGUAUUUUUUGAAUAUUUUUUUCAAAGCCGUCGAAAAUUCGAUUAUUUUUUUUUCGAAAAUUUCAAUUUUGUUGUAGCCUGUUGACUGUUUUCCCUGAGCCUUGGUAGACUCGAGUGACGAGACUCUUAUGUACUUAUCUAAAUUAAGCGGGAAAAUUUUUUGUAUGCUUCACUGUUCACACACUAUUUCGCCUCUUCUUUUCUUUUUGCUCGGAACGUCCCACUUGUGUACCGGCCGUUUGUGUACCUG